AUGGAGAGAGAGAUGUCUGCAGAGUAUGAGCUGAAUGAGAUAGAUGCUGCAGACACCUUGCAUGGCUCUGUGGGGAGCAGGCUCUCCCUGUUUGCGAGGGAGCUCAAGUCGAGGAGAAGCAGCUGGCACAACAGCAGCGCCCUCAGGCUUCCACAAAACUUUUGCUAUGGCAGCUUCGUCAUACACCCUAAUGGAAGGUGGUACAGGAUCUGGUCGAGCGCGAUGUUCCUGUGGUCCAUCUAUUCCACCUUCUUCACCCCCUUCGAGUUCGGCUUCUUCCGGGGCCUCCCGAAGCACCUGGUGGACCUCGAGUGCGUGCAGCUCCUCUUCCUCGCCGACGUCGCCGUCCACUUCUUCCUCGCCUACAGGGACGCCCACACCUACCGGAUGGUGUACGACAAGCGCAAGAUCGCCCUGCGCUACAUCAAAGGAAGCUUCGCUCUUGACAUCCUCGGCUGCUUCCCAUGGGAUUUCAUAUACAAGGCGACGGGAAGGACGGAGGUGGCGAGGUGCCUGGUGUGGCUCCGCCUGUACAGGGCCCGCAACAUCCUGGCCUUCUUCAAGCGGAUGGAGAAGGACAUCCGCAUCAGCUACCUCUUCACGCGGAUCGUGAAGCUCAUCACCGUCGAGCUCCACUUCACGCACACCGCCGCCUGCGUCUUCUACUACCUCGCCACCACGCUGCCACCGGCGCGCGAGGGCGGCACCUGGAUCGGCAGCCUCACGCUGGGGGACACCAGGUACAUCAGCUUCAGGGAGAUGGACCUGCUCACCCGCUACGUCACCUCGCUCUACCUCGCCAUCGUCACCAUGGCCACAGUCGGCUACGGCGAUGUCCAUGCGGUGAACACGAGGGAGAUGGCCUUCACCGUGGUGUACAUCUCCUUCAGCAUCCUCCUCAGCGCGUAUCUCAUCGGCAACAUGACAGCGCUCAUCGUGAAGGGAUCGAAGACCGAGAGGUUCCGGGACAAGAUGACCGACCUCAUCAGGUAUAUGAACAGGAACAAGCUCGGCGCCGGUAUCAGGUCCCAGGUGAAGGAUCACCUGCUGCUGCAGUACGAGAGCAGCUACACCAGGGACAGAGUCGUCGACGACAUCCCGGUCGCUGUCCGAUCUAAGAUGUCCCAGACACUGUAUCUGGACAUGGUUUCAAGAGUGCACCUGUUCAAUGGAUGCUCGGAAGACUUCCUUAGCCAGAUUGUGGUAAAGUUACAUGAAGAAUUCUUCCUCCCUGGGGAGGUUAUCUUAGAGCAAGGCACUGUGGUGGAUCAAAUUUAUAUUGUGGCACACGGAUGCUUGGAAGAGGUGGCCACUGGAGAAGGUGGAUCAGAGGAGAUCAUCUCAGAGCUCCUGCCCUACGACAUCGUCGGCGACGUCUCCGUAGUCUGCAACGUUCCACAGCCACACACAGUGAGGGUCUGUGAGCUUUGUAGCCUCCUGAGAAUCGACAAGCAGUCCCUGACCAGCAUCCUGCAGAUUUACUUCAAGGAUAGCCGUCAGAUCUUGAGCAACCUACUCAAGGGGCGAGCAACCGAGCACAAGGGGAAGCAGCUGGAAUCAGAUAUCACUUACCUGAUAUCAAGGCAAGAAGCAGAGCUGGUCCUUGGAGUGAACAAUGCCGCUUACCAUGGAGAUUUGUUCCGUCUGAAAGGACUGAUCAGUGCAGGAGCAGAUCCGAGUAAACCUGAUCAUGAUGGAAGGACUGCUCUGCAUGUUGCUGCGUUAAGAGGAUAUGAAGAUAUUGUCAGGUUCCUAAUUCAGCGAGGAGCCAAUGUCAACAGCAUAGAUAAGUUUGGGAAUUCACCGCUAUUGCUAGCGCUGAAAUCAGGCCAUGAGAGGAUCACCUCUCUCCUAGUGAAGCACGGUGCAGCCCUGAACCUAGAAGAUGCCGGAGGGUACCUGUGCAGGGUCGUCACGGACGGCAAGAUCGACCUGCUCAAGAGGCUGCUCAGGUUCGGCGUCGCCCCCAACUGCAAGAACUACGAUCACAGGACGCCGCUUCACGUCGCUGCUGCCGAGGGCCUGCACCUCGUGGCCACCAUGCUCGUAGACUUCGGAGCAGACGUUCUGGCCAAAGACAGGUGGGGAAACACACCGCUGGACGAAGGGCGGAGAUGCAGCAGCAGACCACUGGUCAGGAUUCUAGAGCAGGCUGGGACUGUUGCAGUCACGCAGUGA